AUGGUCUCCUCAUCUGUUUUAGGGUUCCCAAGAAUCGGUGCCAAAAGAGAAUUGAAGAAAGCUACUGAAGCCUACUGGAGUGGUAAAAAAAGUGUCGAAGAAUUGUUAAAGGUUGGUAAAGAAAUUAGAGAAACUAACUGGAAACUACAAAAGGAAGCUGGUGUUGAUAUCAUUCCAUCUAACGAUUUUUCCUUUUACGAUCAAGUCUUGGACGCCUCUUUGUUGUUCAAUGUUAUUCCUGACCGUUAUACCAAAUAUGAUCUAUCCGAGAUUGAUUUGUACUUUGCUAUGGCUAGAGGUUUACAAAGACAAGCAACUGAAACCUCUAAAAAGGUUGAUGUUACUGCUUUGGAAAUGGUUAAAUGGUUUGACUCCAACUACCACUACGUCAGACCAACUUUCUCUAAAUCUACCGAAUUCAAAUUAACUGGUGCUAAGCCAGUUGAUCAAUAUUUAGAAGCUAAGGCAUUGGGUAUUGAAACCAGACCUGUUUUGAUUGGUCCUGUUUCUUUCUUGUAUUUAGGUAAGGCUGACAAGGACUCUUUAGACUUGGAACCUAUCUCUUUGUUGGACAAGUUGUUGCCCGUUUAUGUGGAAUUAUUGAAAAAGUUAGCUGCAGUUGGUGUUAAGUCUGUUCAAAUUGACGAACCUAUUUUAGUUUUGGACUUGCCUGAAAAGAUACACGGGGCUUUCCAAAAGGCUUACAAGUACUUUAGUGAACAAAAAGAUAUUCCAGAAAUUGUUGUUGCUUCCUACUUUGGUACUGUUGUUCCAAACUUGGCCGCUAUCAAAGGGUUACCUGUUGCUGGGUUCCACGUUGACUUAGUCAGAGCCCCAGAGCAAUUGAACGAUGUUGCUGCUAUCUUGUCUGACAAACAAGUUUUGUCUGUUGGUGUUGUUAAUGGUAGAAACAUUUGGAAGAAUGACUUUGCCAAGUCCACUAAAAUUGUUGAGGCUGCCAUUGCCAAAUUAGGUGCUGACAGAGUCAUUGUUGCUACCUCUUCUUCCUUGUUACAUACUCCUGUUGAUUUGGACAACGAAUCUAAAUUGACUGAAGAAGUUAAAGAUUCAUUUUCCUUUGCCAAACAAAAAUUGUAUGAAGUUACCGUUAUUGCCAAGAAAGUUUCUGGUAAAGAUGUUGCCGCUGCUUACGAAGCUAACGCUAAGUCUAUUGCUGGCAGAGCAAACUCCACCAAAAUCAACAACCAAGCCGUUCAAAAGAGAACUGCUGCUAUUACCAAUAAACUUGCAACCAGAGCUGCUCCUUUUACUGAGAGAUUAAAGGAACAGAUCCCUGUCUUUAAGUUACCAUUGUUUCCAACUACCACAAUUGGUUCCUUCCCUCAAACAAAGGAGAUUAGAGUCACAAGAAACAAGUUUCAAAAGGGUGCUAUUUCUGCUCAGCAAUACGAAGAUUUCAUUAACAAGCAAAUCGAAGAAGCUAUUAAGAUUCAAGAAGAUAUUGGUUUGGAUGUCUUAGUUGAAGGUGAAGCAUCUCGUUCUGAUAUGGUUUUCUUUUUUGCUGAACAAUUGGAUGGUUAUCAGUUUACUGAAAAUGGUUGGGUCCAAUCUUAUGGUUCUAGAUACGUUAGAGCACCAAUUAUUUAUGGUGAUGUUUCCAGACCAAAGCCUAUGACCUUGCGUGAGACUGUUUAUGCUCAAAGUUUGACCACAAAGCCUGUCAAGGGUAUGUUAACCGGUCCAGUUACAAUGUUGAGAUGGUCUUUCCCAAGAGAUGAUUUGGAUCAAAAGACUCAAGCUAACCAAAUUAGUUUGGCUUUGAGAGAUGAAGUUUCUGAUUUAGAAGCUGCUGGUAUCAAGGUUAUUCAAGUUGAUGAACCUGCUUUAAGAGAAGGUUUGCCAUUGAGAGCCGGUGCUGAAAGGGAUGACUAUUACGAAUGGGCUGCCAAGGCCUUUAGAAUUUCCACUUCUAGUGUUGCCAACAAGACACAAAUUCAUUCUCAUUUCUGUUAUUCUGACUUGGAUCCUAACCAUAUCAAGGCUUUGGAUGCUGAUGUCGUUUCCAUUGAAUUUUCUAAGAAAGAUGAUGCAAACUAUAUUGCUGAAUUUAAGAAUUAUCCAAACCACAUUGGUUUAGGUUUAUUUGAUAUUCACUCUCCUCGUAUUCCAUCCACAGAAGAGUUUAUCGAGAAAAUUGGUAAGAUUUUGGAAAGUUAUCCAGCCGAAAAGUUCUGGGUUAACCCAGAUUGUGGUUUGAAGACUAGAGGCUGGCCAGAAACUAUUGCAUCUUUGACUCAUAUGGUCGAAGCUGCUAAGUACUACAGAGAAAAGUAUGCUGAAAAGAAAUAA